AUGAAUAAUCUUCAAAAACCCAAUAUUUACAAUGAAUAUUCGCCAUUCAAUGAAUCUAUCAAACAAUAUGGUUUAGACUUGUUCGAUGAAAUCCGGGAAAAUUUGUCACGCACCAUUCAGUUGGGAGAAUUAAAUCCUGGCCUUUUAAUUUGGUCACGCAAAUUAACAGAAUUCAUUUUAAAAUAUGGAUUUUAUUUUUCCAAGGUCGAUCAUCUUAAAUUAAUCAAUUUAUAUCUUUCUAUUCUCUCCAUUACCGAUUUGAAUUAUAUCUAUGUUCAACUAUGUUUUGACAUGCUUCGUCACCUCCUUCGAAAGACUCGUUUGAUCACACGAGAUGACUUGGAAAUUGAUUGGAGAAUAUUAUAUUAUUGGGCUCGAUUGAUUAAUGAUAAUCAUGAUAAAAUUCAUGGAUUAGUCAUUCUACCUAGCUACAUAGACGGUUCACUUGCACUCUGUGUUACUCGUUGUUCUCCAUACUUCUCGGCAAUAGCUACGCAAGAAAUUCUUGAUGAAUUACGUCCACAAAUGUGUCCUAUGGGAGGGAGUUUUGCUGGCGUCAUGAGGAUGUUCUCAUAUUUCCUUCCUGUCAAUUUACCUCCGAAUCUGCAUUACCAAGGAUUUCAAUUAUGGUUAUCGGAGUUUUUCAAUAUUUGGCAAAAUAUUUACAAUCAAGAUGUGUGGAGAACACGUCUAAUCGAUAUUUUUUCAUCAGUCGCUUGGCAUAAUAUUGGUUAUAUUGAUUGGGAACCAUGGAUGUCACAGAUCUUCACACGAAUACUUAGAGGAUUUUCACUUCCAAUGGGUAAACUACAAGAGACUCCACAAAAAUAUCCCCAUUUUGUCCCAGAGGUGGCAAAAUGGAUUGUUGCGAUGAUAGGCAAUCGUAGUUCGUGUCUACAAUACUUGGCAGAUCUGUUAAUUAGCAUUCGAAGUUUCUAUCAUCCAACAAACAUGGGUACAUUCCAGAAAAAUCUAGUCGAAUUUCUCUUGAAACUUACCACGUAUUUUGUCGAUCGAGUUCAUUUAGAACGCAAAGCUCAUCCUGUUUGGUCUUUUACACCACUGUCAUCUUAUCGACUGACGGAAGAAAAUAUCACUGAUUUUGUCAAUUGUCUGAAAGAAUAUGUUUUUAUAUCUAUUUUUAAUCAAACUUAUAUGGAAACAGCAGUUGAAGCUUGUCAUUAUCUUUCUAUACUUCGGCCAGAAUUAAUUAUUCCAUUUAUCGUCGAAAAACAUUUCUUGGCGAUUGAUAGUAUGACUGAACCACAUCGAUUUACAUCCAUCAUCACUUGUUUAACACAUAUUGCUCGUCAAAUAGUACAACAAACACCAUCUUAUAGUCAAGGUCAAACUUAUGUUUUACCAUUACUGAUAUCUGUAUUACCUGGUAUCGAUCUGAAUGAUUUUAAGAAAACAUCCGUUACAUUAGAAUUUCUUGACACUAUGCUGAUGCAAAUCACAUGUAUUGAUUGUUCAUCGGCAGUAAAUAUUCGAAAUGAUCUAACUGAAAUUGAAAGAGAAGUAUGUCUAUCGACAUCGAAAUUUGAAGAUUUUAUCAAUGAAUUUCUCAAUCGAAUAUUUCACAUCAUUGAGAUUUCAUCAGCCGAAAUAUCUGAUGCAGUAACGGCGGAUGCAAAUGAUAAUACGCCGGAUAUAGACAUCCAGCCAAAAGUGACUUCAAUCCUAUUCAAUAUUGUUCAACAAUGUAGCAGUCCUAUUUUUCAAAAAAUUCGAGAGAAGAUAAUGAAUUUUCUUAGUAGUCAAUGUUUAUCACCAAAAGUACGAGACAUCGCUAGUGGUCUCGUUCGAGCACUUGUCAAAGGUAAUCCAGUGGAAACACUCAAAUAUCUUCUUCCUGAAAUAUGCAAAUCUAUUGAAAACAAAUUUAACAAUUCUGAAUCAACAUUAUUAACUGAUUACAAAGAUGAUAUAGAAUUGACAUGGUAUUUAGUUGUCUUUGCUGAACUUCUUCGUGCUCGUGGUGAUGUUUUACUAAUCUAUAAACAAUUGAUUAUGUCUGUAUUUCAUCAAUUUAUCCAAAUUGUUAACAAGAAUUCAUAUAACGCAGUGGCUAAGGCUGUUAUAAAUUUACUUGAAUCUCUUUCCUGUUCGUAUCCAGUUGAUUACCGACUGUUAGUCAUCAAUAGUGACGAAACAUUCGACAAUUUUUUACCAAUUCGACUAUGGGGACAAUAUGUUGAUAUUGAUAAAGUUCAACCUCAAUUUCACAUUCCCAGUAUUGAUGAAAUUGAUUUUGUUUACGAAUUUGUCGAAAUAUUUCUAUAUCCUGAAUUGGCUCGAUUGAAUGAAAAUGGUUUAAAAAUGUCCAAUAACGAACGAUUGAGAUCUCUCACCAUUAUUCGGUCAAUCGCCGUAGGGGCCUUUUGUUUCGUGCCUCCUAUUGAAAGUAAAGAGGUACGAAAUCUUAUGGUACAAUCAAUGGUUCCACAUUAUUCCAAAUAUCAAAUUCGACUCUCAAAAAAUUCGACAGAACUUAAAUACCCAGAGAAUUUACGAUUGCGACUCUUCAUCGAUAUUGGAUUGUUCCUAGACAAACUCGUCGAAAAUCAUUCAGGUGAUGUUUUAUCGAUACAAAAAGCUCUCGGAUUCUAUCGAUUAAUUUCUAGUUAUUAUGGUAUUUACGAGCACGGAAUCUAUGAUUGGUCAAAAGAUUUCAAUUCUCGAGAAAAACUAUCAAAAAACAAACUAUGUGGUGAAGGACAAAAUCUCCGUUUCUUAAUCAUUCAAAAAAUGGCUUUGAAGAUCAAAGAACUUGAAACAACUUAUUAUGGUCCAUUAAAUGAGAUUAAUAAAGAGAUUAUAUUCAAAUUAUUUGAACUAUCGAUUAAUCGAUACAGUGCAGUGCGUCGCAACGCACAAAACGAUCUUUUUUAUCUAUUCAAUCGUAUUCCCUUCUCAUAUCAAGUGAUUGUUGAUCGUAUUGUCGAAUUACUCAAGAGCACAAGUGAACACGAUCAUGAUCAAAUCAAAGUUUGA